AUGAUCAGUGUCGUCGUCAUCGACGAGCUGGACUACCUAGUCACCAAACAACAGAAGGUCCUCUACUGCCUCUUUGAUUGGCCGACUCUACCCACAUCCAAGCUCGCCGUUGUAGCCAUCGCUAAUACGAUGGAUCUACCCGAACGGAUGAUUCCUCGAGUGGCCUCGAGACUGGGGUUCGGCCGUGUAAACUUCAGCCCAUAUUCGAGUGACCAAAUAGCCGAGAUCAUUCGCCACCGUAUGGAGGAGUGCGGGGGAGGGGCUGUUUUUGAGAGCAAUGCUAUCAAGCUAUGUGCUAUGAGGGUGGCAUCGGUCUCGGGGGAUAUACGCAAGGCUUUACAUAUCUGUCGUAGAGCGAUAGAGUUGCGGAAGAGGGGAUGUAAGGUCACACCCGCUGAGAUAAACGCCGCUCAAAGUGACACUUUUUCGAGUGUGCUAGUCGACAAGGUCACGUCUCUGCAUACCUUCCAUUUCCGAUUCAUGUUAGCAUUCAUAAUGCUAAUGCGAGCCCAGAGGAGCCCACAGUCCAUCACUCUACAUGCAGUUUAUGAUAAGAUGAAUGCUCUAUCUUAUCAUCAUCCACCCGAAGGCUAUAAUGAGUACCCUGGGGGAUACGUGAUGCCCUUCCGCGACUUUGAAGUCCUCGCGGCAAAGCUCGAGAAUUGGGGUAUAAUAAACCUCUACACUGUCAUGAAGAACUCCCUCUACUUGAGGGACUGUCCCGAUGAUGAUGACGAUGAGAGGGCCGGAAUGGAGGAUCUAGGGGAAGACCUGCAGAUGGUGACUCAGAAGCGUGGUGCGAAGGACCUCCUUUCGACUGCUGACAAGCAGCGAAGUCGGACGGCAGUUGGUUCGGUGACGGAUAAGCGGCGUCGGGAUGAGCGGCUACGGCAAUGUGCUGAGGACGAGCCGGGAGCUCUCACUAUAGUAUCACUGAGUGGUUACAUUGACAGAGCUGAUGUUGAGUACGCAUUGAAGCAACGGGAUGACAAUAAUGAUCUGGCUAGAAGGCUGCUAGUCUGA